UCAUGAUCGGACUGUUCUUGCGUUACCAGAAACUUAAAUAUCCUGCAGAGUAUAGUUGUUUUUCAGCAAACACAACGCUCACAUGCAACGACUUACGAUACAAAGAGAAAUCAAACCUCAACAUUGCUAUUAUUGUGGUCUUUUCAGUAUCCAUUGUAUUCUGUUUAUUGACCAUAACUCAUUUAGCAUUAUCAAAGGAUGAACUAUCAAAGCUAUUGCUAGGAAAUAUUGAAGAAGACCAUAAUGGGGAGGAGAACAUACCUUUACAAGGUGAGUUACUACAAUGCUAUCAACAUUAUAUUAGUCCUCAAAGCUGCCUCACUCACUAAAGAGCACCUUCCUUGAAAUUAUUUUGAUCAAGCAAGGGACCUAUUAAACUGUAGUUGUCUUUACAGUUACCAGUUACCAUUUUUAGCUUAGCUUUUAGUAAGCUUUACCAUCAAUGAUUGAAAAGAAAAUGUCGAAAUUUUAAAUAACUCCUCUUUCUGAGAAGAAAGACAGAGCUUUAUUUGCCUCUGUCAACUCACCGUGAAGGAAAAAGUUUUUUUUGUCAUUUCUUGCAAAUGCUGUUAACAGCGUUGGGCUACAAUCGAGGUGAGCUUUGUUUAUCUGCAGUGUUCUUUGCCAUGUUAACUUGCUGGCACGUACAGUUUUCGAAAUUAUUUGCUUUACUUUUUUUCUCCUUAAAUUUACUUCUAUUUCUACUCAAAAUUGGUCUUGUGAUGAAAUCCCGAGUUCACAAAACAGUUAAACAAAGCGGCCUCGUUUUCCUCUGUAGUGGUAAAAACAUUGUUUGAGCGUAUGAAAGUCAACUACAGUAAAUCACUUCAUAAUAAAUCACGCUGUUUAAACACCAUGGAAGUCUUUUCUGACCUUCAAAAUCAUCGACACUGGGAUAUUCUUGUAUUUUCAAAAAGUUCUUACACGACUAAAACUUCAUGGUCGCGAUUUUGUUUUGCGUUAUAUAUAUUCACCGCCUAGCGCUUUGAAUAUCUAAGCAAUGUCCACCCUUUCUAUGGGUUUACCAGUGUGAUAACCCAUGCGGGAUGAUGGGAGAACACGAGAAAAGCUUGUAAAUCAUGAGCCGAAGGCAAGUGAUUUCCAAGCUUUUCAAGUGUUCUCCCAACAUCCCGCGUGGGUUAUCACUCCGGUAAACCCAUAGAUAGUGUGGCGUAUUGCUUUCAUAAAAUAACUUUAAGUUUUCUAUGAGUUUACCAGCACAAUAAACCGUAGGUUUUUAACCAAUCAGAAUGCACGUACUAUCUUAGUUAUUUUAAAUGUCAUAGUCCGAGAUAGCAAACCAAUCAGAUUGCUUGAAUCGCGAGAUCACUCAGUGUGUAUAUACUAAUAAGUUAUAUAAGCAGCAACGAUUAAUCUUAAGAUUUCCUGCAAAUUGAGGAUAUAUUUAAAUGGCAGGUCUCAUUGUCAAUUUAUAAUCAAUCAAUCAAUCAAUCAUAUCUUUAUUUCAAUUCGUUCAUUUUAGCAGCAUUAUUUCUGCUAGUAUCUCCGAAAGAGAAAUAAUAAAUACCAUGGAAUAAAAAUAGAAAUAGUGCAAUUAAAAUACAUGUGAAAUAUUGACAUUAAUUAUACCCACAUAUAAUUAUAUACUUUGAAGUAAACAUUGAUUGUCAUCAACGUUAACUGCAUGUUGUUAAGCUUUGUAAGCAAUUGAAUAAAAAACUAUUUAACUCAGUCAGAAAUUUUCAGUCCUUUGAAAGACUGCUUUCACUAAACAAGUCAUGAAAUUUGCCCUUGACGUUUAACCUAUAGAUUAACACAUUUAUAAGAAAUUAUGAUAUUGCAAUUGCUGUUGUUUGGUAACCUGACUGACUUUAUGACAUGCACUAGGUCUACCAGCCUACCUUGCAUAUUCAUUAAAAUGCAAAAAUAACAGUUUGGUACUAAAAAUGUUCUGAUAUACCUGCAUAUGUGUUUUUCACUAAUCCCUCUCAACGUCAGAGAACUGAGUGACUUCUAAAUUUUCAGUCUUGUUCAAAUUUAUUCUUGUUACUGUUACAGAUGUUGUUUCAAAACAAGAGUCUGCUGAUAGAGAUCACUCAAAAACAGCAGGUAAAGAAAUAGGUUAGUCUGUGACCUGAAUCCUUAGUCUGUAAGAGCCCUUGAUGGGCCUUUGUCACGUGGCACCCAUUUUGUCCUGAGAAACUGAAGUAGCUUUGUUUCCUGUCUAGCCUUGUUCCUAAGUUUUUCACUGCAAAGUUGAGGGUGGUAAAACAAAGCUUUUUUUCAGUCUCUCAGGACAAUAAUGAAACAUUUGUAAAAAAUCAUCACAUUGCAUAUCUAUUCAAAGAUAAAGUUCUUAAAAUUUUAUGGUAUUUAGUAUCCGAUAGUGCCAGGUCCAGACCUGGAGAUAAGGGGGGCCUAGUCAUCUGGACCUUGGAGAGGGGGUGGGGAACGGUCUCUGAAAAAAUUUUUUUCAGCCCUUCAGGCCUCAUCAGUUUGGUCUAAAAAUAAGAGGGGGGCCUGGUCCCCUUGAGUCUCCUCCCCUGAAUCUGCCACUGUCUGAUAUCCAAACCACCGUCACAGUUGUGAUCUUCUUUGUUUUCUUCUUUAUGAAUUAUUCUUUAUGAAUACCACUAAUGAGUUGUAGAAUGGAUCUGCUUAAACUCUGGAAUAUCUUUAUCUAUGUGUUUGAGUAUAGUUUUUUUACGGUUCUAGAAGUGAACGCAAACUAAAGUUCCGAUGUAAACAUGCAAAUGGCAUUCAAAAUGCCUACAGUCCUAUGUUUUCUGCGCAUUGCAAGUGUGGACAAACCUACCUGCCGUAAAAACCUAUAAUCAAAUACUUGUGUCGUCCAAGUUUGCGGAUACUUUACCAAUAGGAAAUGUGGAGGAAUGUAGUGUGCAUUGUUUUUGCAAAAGAGAGCCUAACGUCGUGACAGUGAAUAUUUUGUAACACGGAGUCUUGGGUCUGUUUGUAGGUUUAAGGUUGAGCUUUGAAUUGUAAGGUUCAUUGUAUAGGCCACUUUUAUAUUGCCCAUAAUACACCUUGGUUACCACCCAUAAUUUAGCAAAGUAUUGUUUUCUCUUUUCAAUUCCUAUGCAAAAUUUGCCUGGAGUGAGGCCGGGGGUACAAGACAUGUAUUAUCUGCUGUAUCAUAUGUAGAAGUAGCAAAUUGCAUUUAAUUCAUACAUGUCAAAUGAACAUUUCUGAUGACUUAACGCACUAAUUAAACUGAUCUGAUCAUGCGCAGUGUUGGUUCCCGUGUUCGCAGAAACAUGCAAAAAAUGCAAAAAUAACAGUUUGGUACUAAAAAUGCUCUGAUACCUGCAUAUGUGUUUUUCAAUAAUCCCCCUCAACGUCAGCGAACUGAGUGACUUGUAAAUUUUCAGUCUUGUUCAAAUUUAUUCUUGUUACUGUUACAGAUUUUGUUUCAAAACAAGAGUCUGCUGAUAAUGAUCACUCAAAAACAGCAGGUAAAGAAAUAGGUUAUAGUCUGUGACCUGAGUCCUUAGUCUGUAAGAGCCCUUAAUGGGCCUUUGUCACACGGCGCCUACUUUGUCCUGAGAAACUGAAUUAGCUUUGUUACCUGUCUAGCUUUGUGCCUAAGUUUUUCACUGCAAGGUUGAGGGUGGUAAACAAAGCUUUUUUUAAGUCUCUCAGGACAAUAAUGAAACAAUUGUGAAAAAUCAUCACAUUGCAUAUCUGUUCAAAGAUAAAGUUGUUAAAAUUUUAUGGUAUUUAGUAUCCGACAGUGCCAGGUCCAGACCUGGAGAUAAGGGGGGGGGGGGGGGGGGGGUCGGACCUUAAAGAAGGGGUGGGGAGUGGUCUCCAAAAAAAUUUUUUCAGCCCUUCAGGCCUCAUCAGUUUGGUCUAAAAAUAAGAGGGGGGGCCUGGUCCCCCUAGGGCUCCUCCCCUGGAUCUGCCACUGUCCGAUAUCCAAACCACCAUCACAGUUGUGACCUUCUUUGUUUUCUCUUUAUGAAUUAUUCUUUAUGAAUACCACUAAUGAGUUGUAGAAUGGAUCUGCUUAAACUCUGGAAUAUCUUUAUCUAUGUGUUUGAGUAUAGUUUUCUUUACGGUUCUGGAAGUGAAUGCAAACUAAAGUUCUGAUGUAAACAUGCAAAUGGCAUUCAAAAUGCCUACAGUCCCAUGUUUUCUGAGCAUUGCAAGUGUGGACAAACCUACUUGCCGUAAAAACCUAUAAUCAAAUACUUGUGUCGUCCAAGUUUGCGGAAACUUUACCAAUAGGAAAUGUGGAGGAAUGUAGUGUGCAUUGUUUUGCAAAAGAGAGCAUAACGUCAUGACAGUGAAUAUUUUGUAACACAGAGUCUUGGGUCUGUUUGUAGGUUUAAGGUUGUGCUUUGAAUUGUAAGGUUCAUUGUAUAGGCCACUUUUAUAUUGCCCAUAAUACACCUUGGUUACCACCCAUAAUUUGGCAAAGUAUUGUUUUCAGUUCCUAUGCAAAAUUUGCCUGGAGUGAGGCCGGGGGUACAAGGCAUGUAUUAUCCGCUGUAUCAUAUGUAGAAGUAGCGAACUGCAUUGAAUUCAUAUAUGUCAAAUGAACAUUUCAGAUGACUUAAUGCACUAAUUAAACUGAUCUGAUCAUGCGCAGUGUUGGUUGCUGUGUUUGCAAAAAAAUAAUUUCUCAAACUUGUUCGUAAAGAGAGAACAAAGAAAAUCACAACUUACCGUGACGGUGGUUUGGAUAUCAGAUAAUUAUUAUCAUAAAAUUUUGCAAAAUUUAUCUUUGACUUUCUCCAAGAAUUGUACCAUAAAUGAUUGAUUAAGCGCCGCGACGCUUAUAUGAGAGCGGCGCUUAUUUGAGAGCAGCACUUAUUUCAACUACGGGUAAAACAGUGAGGGGAAUAUGGAGAGAAUUAAGUGAGGCGGGUACUUGGUAUGCACGAUUUAGUACGAAAUAUGGUGAUCUCAAACUGUUAUAUGAACCUGGUUUCAAGAGCUUCCCUACAUUAAAACUUUAGAAAUAACGAGUUGGUUGAAGUCCUAUUUCUCAAGGGAUAUCAAGCACCAUAACAGAGGUGGGGCCUUAAUAUGUAAAUCCCAAAAUUAGUGCCACGGUGGUGCUUAUUCAUGUCUGUUAAAUUAUUUUUGGUAAAGGUGCUGCACUUAAUAGCUGGAUUAUUUAUGGUAGUUCAUUUGAGAAGCUACAUCAAAAACUCCACUCAGUAUUUCAUCCGAUAUCCAGACACAUGCACCUUGAAGUCAGUCUUUAAAAACUCGGCUACACCUCGUUUUUCAACCCACUUUUCGGAGUCUGGAUAUCGGAUAAAACCAUGCCUGUCGUUUUUGAUAUAUUACUUUUCAAACUCGUUCAUUAUUCAUGAUCAUACAGCCAAAAGCCAAUAAAUGACAAUUAUUUGGGUCAGGUGGAUGAAUCUUGAUAUCUAAUGAAACACCAGGUAAAACACCACCAGGUUUUCAUCUGAGGUGAAACAUGUUUUUCAUCUGAGAUCAAACACUUGCAUUUUAAUGGUGUUUUAUUGAUUAACACAACUCAUGGGAACAAUGAAAUACCAGCUAGAGAAAACAUUUCACUGCAUAAUUUCUUAUUGUUUCAUUUGAGAAGACCUCACGGCCUCGUGCUUUCAUCUGUUUCUCAGUGUUUGGAACCCAUGAUGAAGCACUCUCCCUCGUUUUUUACAUAUUACACAAAAAUGUCUGUAGUCUCUUAGUUCAUGUAGAUUCAGCAGGGUAAUGGAUCAUUUUAAAUCUAUAGUUUUCGGUACUGUCACUGUUCUGUGUCUUAGACUCCUUAUUAAAACUCAUUUUGAGGUCUCAAAUGAUUAUUAAACUCGGCUCCACAAAAUCUCAUGAUUUUUCAAUGUCUAUUAAUUAUUUGCACAUGCUGAAUAAUUAUUGAUCUGCUCAUCACCUGGUACUGACAAAUCACUUUAUUUUGCUCACCCUCAUAAAAUAAUUAUGUUAGUUCACAACGGCUUAAUAGACUUGGUCUUUAGCUAUGAGUGUGUUAAUGCACCAGCAAUUCUCGUUUUGAGACACCUGUGGCUGGAGACAUUGUCAACGACCAUGGCGAUCAGUGUACGAAGCCCUAGAGCUUCUGCUUGCUCUCUUCCAUAGGCUACGUCUGAUAUUCACAAGUGCAGUUAAUUUUAAAAUUCCCCCACCAAAUGAUUCAUACCUUAAUUAGACUAUUAAUUGACGUUUAUUCACCGUAAUAUAUCUGUAUAAUACACUGUAGUUUUUAGGUAAUGUUAUGUUUUUUAUGCAAUGGUUAGAAUCCGAGAUGUCAGAAUCUUCACAGGAAGGCAGUGAUGACAUCACAGCCCAGGUUACAACUGGACUCCCAUCUAAAGAUGAUACAAGCAGCCCUCAAGGGGACCCUCCUGAGCUUAAUAAAGUUCUUCCAUCCUCCGCUGAUAUUAAGGCAAUUACCAAACCUUCAAAACAUGCUGAUCUGCCAGUUGACAUUCUGUUACUUACAGUUACAAACUGUGAGUUCGUAGCUUGUUAUAGUGAGCUAAAAAACCCCUAUAGAUGUUGGUUUGAUGGUCUUGGCUAUGUUUACUUUUCUGAUGUGGGUCAAAGUCAAGAGGAGUUAAAAGUUGCUUUACUAAGAUGUUACAAAAAUGGUAUUGGUCCUGGUGGUUCUCUUGUAUCUGUAAAGAAUGCAGCCUCCGUGCUAAGACCCAAAGCAGUUAUUUCUGUAGGCACAUGUAGUGGCCUUGACCCUGCAAAAUCCAAGUUAGGAGAUGUUGUUGUGUCUGCCAAAUUAGCAACAUAUGCAUCGAAAGUAGUGACCAGCAAUCAAGAGCAGUCAACUGGUAUGAGAAGUUAUGUGAGCAAACGCUUUCUGAAUGUCAUUAAAAAUUGCACUGAUGGAUGGCAAGCACCUUUGAAGAAUCCUGAAGCUCAGCAAGUUCAAGUUUAUACUGAUGCUGAGUUUUUGAGUGGACCAGAAGAAGUCAGAGCUGAGUGGCGGCGGGAUCAACUUGCUAAAACCAAUCCUCAGGCAAUGGCAAUAGAAAACGAAGGAGAAGGUGAGUUGACUUUUUAUGCAGCCAGUAUUAGGAAGGAAGUGCAUGCAGUCAGGUCUCUUUUAACUUGUAGAUGUGUAUGUUGCUUUUGAUUCAGUGUCUAUUUCAAGGCAUUGUUCAAUUCAUUGUUUGCUUGUUUGAGCUUGAUAUUAUAAUAUUUUUUUUUUGCUGUAAAGGUGGGCCUGCUCCCAUUGAAUGGGUCUUCAUUCAAUGCUCAGUUGCCAGAGCACAGUUUGUCAUGCUAAUGCAGAUGCCAUGGGUUCAAAUUCCGUUAGAGCCCCCCACCACCCCUCCCCCCUCCUUUUUUCCCGUUUCCCUUUGCUUGCUGUUUUAAUUACAAUGAUAAUAUCUGCAAAUUAAACCCAUUAAACCCUUAAGCGUUUGAUUAAUCUUCAAAAAUGGGUUAUCAGAAUAGUUUCCAGGGGUCCUUUUGAUGCACAUGCCAAUCCUAUUUUUGUAAGCCUACGAAUUCUAAAAUUUGAAGAUAUUAUCAAACUCCAAAUAAGUAAAGUUAUAUACCUUAAUAAAAAGCACCUUCUUCCUAACAGUUUCAGUGACAUGUUUUUGCUUAACUGUGACGUACAUUCAUUUAGAAGUAAGAAUUCCAUCCGUUUCUCCUACUACAGGACAAGUGUAAGAAAAUUUUCACUUUGUUUGUAAGGGCCCAAAAUAUUUCAUUCCCUUACUUCUGAAAUUCAGACUACCUCUAGUAUUACCUUGUUUAAUUCUAAACUUGAGUCAUUUUUUCUUGGUAUCAGGAUACUUUAGUUCUCUUAAUGCUUGUCAUUUAUUCUUGCAUUAUGUUUUUUCUCACCUUUCCUUUUUCGUUUUUUGCACUUACACGCCUUAUCACUUUUCAUCUAUGUUCUUAAAAAAAUUGUGCAUACUUAUAUAGUUAAAUUGUUUUGCCGAUGUCAGUAUUUUAUUUAUUUAUUAUAUAACAUAAUUUUAAAGGGGGUCCUAUUCACAAGCCUUAUUGGCUUCCUUGAGCCCCCUUGCCCCAUUUUCUUUUAAACUUAAUACGUAUAUGUUUGUUUUUGAUGGCAAAAAUGACAAUAAACAAAUAAAAAAAUAAAUUGACAAAUGAUAGAUGUGGGGAAGGUGCCUGGUGAAACUGAAAAACUGAAGGGAGCCACAAGCGAACCUAUAAGGUAACCAUGACAACCCUACAUAUAUGAGCAGCACCCUCCUGGCACUGUCAAUGAGACCUUCAACGGAGAAAUGCGCAGAUACUCACCAAAAAAAAACAUCUAAAGGGAAGGGAGGGCUGGGAGCAAAAAACAGGUUAAGCUACUGCAUGCAAAAGCAACAUAUGAUACUGUGAAUCAUUAUAUUCUGUUAGAUAAACUUGAGUAUUAUGGAUUCAGGGGGAUUGUGUUAGAAUGAUUUCGUAACUUCUUAACAAAUAGGAAACAAAUAGUUCAUUAUAGAUCCGUUAAGUCGACAAAUUCCAUCGUUACUUGUGGGGUUCCCCAAGGGUCUAUCUUAAGCCCCUCGUUUUUAUUGUAUGUAAAUGACAUUUCAGAAAGUUCAAGUUUGUUAUCAUUUUUGCUGUUUGCAGGUGAUACUAAUUUAUUCAUCAGUGACAAAGAUUUAUAUGUUAUUCACCGGCUGGGAGGUCUGUAGUGGGAGAAACUGUGCCCGAGGUCUGAGUACGGCCGAGGUUGGUACUCAGACCAAGAGCACAGUUUCUCCCAAUACGGACCGACCUAGGCCAGUGAAUAACAUUUUUGUUUUUUUCCUUUGGGAGAUUUAAAACUUUUAAGAAAAUUUUACUUCAUCCUCCAACCUAUGCGUAUUGAAGCAGGAUGCAUCCAUGUUGAUGAAGCGUGCAAUCCAUUGCAAACCAAAACAAAACAUUACAACAUGAUUUUUAGCCCGCUAAUUUAUAUUAUGACAAGCUCUCAAUCUUUUUUAAUAGUGAAAGGUUUUUGUGACUUGGUAGACAAUUCACAAUCUGAGAGUCAAACAAGGAUAAAAAGAUUGACGAGUUUAAUUUUAAAAGCCCCAGAAAAAAUAUACAGCGAAGAUUUUCUUUGGCUGAAUUACUUCAUAAAGGUUAGUUCAAUCAAGCAGGAUGAAAACUACACAAAGGCUUUAUAAAAAGAGCUAUUAACACAUACCAAUCCUAAAGUUUUGAAUUGAAUUUGAAUAAAAGAAGGCGAUGUGAGUAAUAAGUAUUAAAGAAUUUGAAAUGAAAAUGGCAAUAACCGCGUGCUGGAAAAGUGAUUGGUAUUGUAUAUUUAAGAUUGAAAUCUAAAUCGGUAAUCAUUGACAACAACAUUUUCUGAUAUAGAAAACUAGCUAGCGAGGCAAAAUUCAAUGAAAAAUGGCAUAAUCUAGAUUCAGACAGCGAAAACGGAAAACAAAACUACAAACAGAGCAAAAAUGUCGAAUAAACAGUGCACAAAAGCAAGAUUACAGUACUUACAGGGCGGUUAUUAAGCUAGUGAAGCAACAUCAGGAGCCAACUGUUUUGCUUUACUUUAGCGGUUUUCCUGGCUGACUUGCUUGAUUCUCCCUUCAGAUUUUUUGUCUGAAAAAUAAAAUUCCCUUUUCCCUUACUAAUGGCAAUAAUAGUGCAAGCUUGCAAGCUUUAAAAGAAUGCUGGGUUAAACAUCACGGUUUUGCUCAUUCGCAAACAACAAACAAACUUGUGAAUGAAGCUGCCAAAGAUUCUGCCUGGGUUCGCGGGCAAGAUCGUAAAAUACCGCCUGCUCUCAGAACUAAUCAGAUUGCAGGAUUUGGAGGAUUCUGCCUGCUCACAAGCUUGAAAAAAAAAAAAUUAAAAUAUUAUUUGACAAUGCUAAUCGAGAGCUUUGUAAAGUUGCAAAUUGGCUUGCUGCCAACAAGUUGUCAUUAAAUGUGAAGAAAACACAUUUUGUAAUUUUUAGAGUAAAAAGCUGACAAUAAUAUUAACGACACAUAUAGGACCGGUAAUCAAAAUAUUGAGCAGGUAAAUAGUACAAAUUUCUUAGGGUUGAAUAUUGAACAAGAUCUAUUGUGGAAACACCAUAUUAAGAAAGUAAGUUCCAAGAUUGCAAAGUUGUCAGGAAUAAUGCUUAGAACAAGCUGGCAUCACUUAGUGCUAAAAAUACUGCAAACAGUUUAUUAUGCCUUGGCUUACCCUCUCUUGACUUACUGUAAUAUCGUAUAGAGUGGUACCUUUCCAGCAAGGCUCGAGGGUGUAUAUAAUUAAAAUUCAAAAGAAAAUUGUAAGGAUUGCAACGUUUUCAAAAUUUACACAGGAAACAAGGCCUAUAUUCCUUUCUCUGAUUUUUUUACUAACAAUAUACGAGUUAAACUCUUAUCUAUUAGCAUUAUUCAUGUAUUCUUACGUUAGAGGACAAUUGCCGCCAUCUUUUUCAGAUUACUUUUUGGAGAAUAAUACUAUUCAUUCCUAUAAUACAAGGUCCACGAACAAAGUAUACAUUAAGUAUGAACUGAACUAAUACUAUUCUGAGUUAGAUAUGAAGGUGCUAUGAUAUGGAACAGUUUGCCAAAUAGUUUGAAGGAAAUCAAGUCAUUGCAGUUGUUUAAAAGAAAAUUGAAAUGUUUUGUUGAACAGAAAUAUACUGACUCUAUAUAGUGGAACACACAUACAGUGUAAUACUCUUGCUGCCUAGUAAUAUGAAAGGGCCACCAUAUUCAAUACGAAUGUAAAGGGGACCUCCUUGGAAAAGUUCAGCUGAGCUUGCAGAGAUCUCCUGCUAAUAGAUUAUGUUAUGAUGUAAUACAUUAGUAAUUAAGUGGCAAAUAUGAAUUAAAAGAUUGAUUAUUUGAUUGAUUGAUUUGACAUAGCAACUUGAGCAAAAUUAUUCACUUCAGCAAAAGUGCUGUAAAAUAUGCUAAAGCCCAAGACCGCCCCAUAUAUAAUUAGUGAUGGAGACGGCUGCCUAAAUUACAUACAUUUAGCCACAUUAACCCAAUCAGCAAUAGAUGGGUGUGGGGAAGGUGCAUGGCGCAAACAGGGGAGUCAAAGGACUUGGUUUCCCCAAGGGCAUUAAACACCAACCCCAAAAUCCCUUGUAAUAAAAACUAAAGAAAAGCAACUCACCACUGAAGAUGAAUAGAAGACCAAAUGCCUGCCUGAAGUAUGUCCACCAGAGCAAUGAAGGUGUAAGCUGUCUGUAACCGCAUCCAAACUGACACAACUGCAUGGGAAGGGGGCUGUACAUAUUUCCACAGUUCACACCUUCCUCAUUUUUCAUCCAUUUUCCAACUCCAAUUAGCUUUUAUUUUUUUUUCCUUUUUUAUGGAAAGUUAGAUGAGCAAAAUAAUGUAAACUACUGUAUAUUGCUGUAGGAGUGUCUUCAACUCAAGUGCCAUUUUCUUUGUUGUUCUAUAGGAGUGUUCACAGCAGCAUUUGACUGUCAAAUUGAGUGGUUAAUUGUUAAAGGAAUAGCUGAUUAUGCAGAUGGUUCCCAGUUGCCUUCAGCGAGUUGGUUGUCCUGUGCUAGUGUGAUGGCAGCAUCUCUUGUUGCACACAUUUUGAGUGAGCCCUGUGUUUUUCAUUCAUGGCCUCAUUACCAAGGUAAAUAUUUCUCAUACUGUUAUUUCCCUUUUUUUUAAGGGAACUAGUGGUGUGUUAGAAUGUACUUCCCUGAUGCCAUAGUGACUCAACACUGCAUUAUGGGGGAGGUGCCACACAUGACAUUUUUUUCUGUUUCUUUUUGGUGUAGUUAUUAAUAUUUGUUACGGUUUCUUAAAGGAACCUACAAACUGUAAGAGCAUUGAAGAGAUCUCUCGUCAUUUUAAACCAAAAAGAGAUUGAAGUACAGUCAUGAAACUGAACAAAAAAAAGUUGAGGAUGUUGUGUGAAACAGGGUAAUUAGAUUACAAGAACCUUCUAUUGUUUAACAACCGCCACCAAGUGUUCUUAGCUGAUGAGUCUGUUUUUUUCCAGCAGUCAUAUUGAGCUGACCACAUAGCUAUAUUUCUUUUUUUUAAGUGUUACAACUACACUAGUCUUGAUAUUAUGCAGUUUUAGUGAUGUUAUUAGUAGCAGUUAUUUCUAGUAGAUUCAGUCUUGAAUGUAAGUGAGAGUAACUGAACAAAAACAUUGUGGAUUUUGUUGUGAAAUGAGGUAUAGGUUGGAAGAACUUUUUUUAGGUUAAUUAUAUAGACACCGAUGAAAUACCAGGAUUUUUCCAGUGACAAGAAUUUGGUAUCCAGUGAAGAUACAAUUUUUAUCCUUCACAUGUGAAGAUGUCAUGGUUGUCAUGGCUACUUGAGUCUCAGCCAAUAGGAAAAGAGCAUCACAGCAUCUCAAUAUCUCGCUCAUUCGGUGUGCUCACUCGUCGUGAGAUAUCGAGUUGAACACUCGAAGAUAAAAUUUGUAUCCACGCGCUGUCAUGUAAUAUCCUCUAUUUAACAACCGCCACCAAGUGUUCUCUGAUGAGUCUGGUUUUUUUUGUUCAGCAGUCAUAUUGAGCUGACCACAUAGCUAUAUUUCUUUUUUAAGGGUGCAGUCGAUUGGAAAAUCUAGAUUUCGAUUUUAAAAUCCAGAUUUGGGAUUUGCAAUCGAACACGAAAUCCGCAAGGGGAUUUCAACACUGAGAUAUCUGUUUUUGGAUUUCCUUUUUACCGUUCAAUUGGGAAAUCUGAAAAAGAUUUAACAAACUGCCCUUAAGAACAGCGGUCUAGCAUAUGCACACAUAAUUGGCAAAAAGAAAAGCGCUAUUCACAAGAAUAGUUUUGCAAAUCCUUUUUCGUAUUUCCCAAUCAAGUGGUAAAAAGGAAAUCCGUGAAAUCCGGAUUCACCCUUUCACCCUGAGGACAGAUUUCUCGGAGAUGAAAUCUGUUUUCGGAUUUCGCGUUUGAUUCCAAAAUCAGAAAUCCAGAUUUCAAAAUCUAAAUCCUAAGUGUUAAAACUACACUUUUAGUCUUGAUAUGCACUUCUAGUGAGGUUAUUAGUAGCAGUUAUUUCUAGCAAAUUUCUUGAAUUUAAGUGAAAGAUCUCUUUUAUCUGCAGAUUUAUCAGAGCAGAGCUCAUCCAGCAGAACAAACGAACAGUUACCAAGUACCUCAGGUAACAAUUUAAAGCCCCAGUCCACACCAAUCCGGAUAUCUUUGAAACCGCAUAUUUUUUUUACAUGAAUAGGCACGGAAGACUGAACUGCUUCACUGGUUCAGUGUUGAAGGGAGGCCGUCUUGUGAUAAAGAAAAUGUGCGGUUUCAGAAAUAUCCAGAUUCGUGUGCACAGGGACUUUAGUGUCUAAUGCUACAUUGUACAUGUAGGCAUUUCAACAUGUUACGAGUUUAAGCUACAUUUUUCCGUUCAUUUUUCCUUCCUCUUGUUUUUUGUUUCUAUCCCUUUUUUCUCGUUUUUGGUUUUAAUUUUAUGGUUUGUGUUUUCUUGUCAUGGUUGAUGUUUUUGGAACUCUCAUAUCAGGGGUGUCGUGUAUAUUAGCUAAUAAUUGGGCAAAAUUAUUUUGUCCUUGGAGGGGGGGAGCACUUAUUUGAAGGCGGAUGCUAAUUUGAACGUUCACAGUACAUGUGUUCCAUUUAAUUGAAAAAAGACCCUCUUCCCUCUCCUCUGUUAAGUUCUCUUGUCUAAUUAGUACAAUUUGCUCUCCGUUCCUUAGCUUAUUUGUUAAAUUUGUAAGGUUUUCACACCCUUAUCCUGAGCGACUGACUUACGGUACAAAACAACAACAACACAGCUUCAAAAGCCAUGUGUAACGUCAAUGAACGAGUUAAAAUAAUCAGGAAAUUUUGAUUUUGUAAUACUAAAUAAGAAGGGGAGGCCAGUAUAAUGUAAACUAAUUGUAGUAUGAAAGUUUUGAAAUCUGUAAUUAUCUAAAAAAAUUGAUCAAUAACGCAUGAAGAAUCUUGCUCCAGUGUUAACCUGAGAUCAGGCUCUAUUUUUAUUUCACGCUUAGAUGUAAAUGGCCGUAAUAGAAAAACUGCGAUUAUCAGUUCUACCACAAAACUUGUACAAUCAACUUCCUACUGCUCAAUGCUUUAGAGACUAUUUACGUUUAAAAAGAUUUACUUUUCUCUAUAAACAGAUGCUGCAACUGCUUUUUUGGAGUGGAGUCAAAAUCAGCUUUGUUCAUUUUACAACAGCACCGCAAGCCAGUUAAUGAUUACCCCUUGGGACCGAGAUAAUACCAUGGACAUUGAUGAGGUGUAUGUACAGUUAACACUGCUAAGAGAUGACAGAAAACUUGCUGGAACAACAAAAGAAAAGACUAAAGAUUACAGUGAGAUAUUCGAAAGCCAUGGUCAUCAUCUAAUUCCUAAGAGAAUUUUAGUGUAUGGGAGGCCAGGAAUAGGAAAGUCGACAUUGACAAAGAAACUCGCCGUUGACUGGUCACGAGGUAAUAAAGAAAUCCUAAAGAGGUUUGCUGUUUGCUGUACUUUUAAUUAAGCUCCGAGAUGUUUGCAACACGCAAGACUUCUGUGCCAUGCUACAAAAGGCGGAGCUGUUGUCCGCAGGUGACCCUAUGGUGUUUAGCCAAUUGUAUGAUUACAUUCUUCGUAACCAACAGAAAGUCCUACUUAUUUUAGACGGCUAUGAUGAAUAUAGCGCCGAAAAAUCAUCGCCAUUUCAUCUGAUGUGGAAAGGCACUCAAUUGAGAGAUUGCACUCUUCUUGUGACAACACGAUCGCUGAAAAAAGAUGAGUUAAGACCAGGAAGUCAUGCUCAGAUUGAAGUUAAAGGGUUUAAUCAGUGGCAAGUUAAAGCAUUUGUUCUUAAAUUUCUUCGCGAUCAAACAGAAGUAGAAAAGUUUUCAAAUUUCCUGUAUGGACACAACCUGUGGGACUUGGCGGAAAUACCACUUCUUUUGUUAAUGUUGGUUCUAAGCUGGAAGGUUUCUGAUUAUCAAGGACCAUCAACAUCCCGCGCAAAUCUGUAUAACAGUUUUUGUCAGACGCUGCUUGAUCACGUGACCGCAAAAACCUUAGAUGAGACAUUUAGAAGCGUGGAUGAAUACAGAGAAGACCUCGCAAAGUUGGGGGAACUUGCCUGGCAGGCACUUUUAAAUGACUGUCUUUAUUUCAAGCUCAGCAACUUGCCCGAGGACAUUCGGUUAUUCCUUGAGAAGUUUAUCGAUUUUGGCUUUCUACAGACUUCUAACCUUUCAGACUCUCCUCAUCCUGAGAAACUGGCGUUCUUUCUUCAUAAAUCGGUGCAAGAAUUCCUUGCCGCUUCGUUUUUAGUUCGUGAUUUAAAAAAGGCCGAGGAACCCUUCAACUCUCUGUCUAAAGUCGACUCAUUUAAACGGUUUAAGGAGUUGUUUGAAGUUUUCAAGUUUGUGUCUGAGUUGUCAUCAGAAGCUACCAUUGCUGUUUUUAGCCAACUGAAGAUGAUAGGAGAAACAGAAGGUCUGGUAGAUUACAACUUCGGUGAAAACCCUUCUGUUAAGGAACUCACAGAAGAACAAAGACAGUUUAAUCAUACUUGUCUAGAUCUUUUUGUUUCCUGCCCUGCCUCAGACAGACAAGCUGUCUAUCCUUCUUUUCUACAAUGCCUCAAUUUUGUUAUAGUGAUAGAUUUAGACAAUCCCUCCCUUUUGACGUCUGCAGUUGCUAGAGAACAUUGUUUGAGGUCAUCAAGUGUCCAUAGGCCAGAUUAUGUAUUUUUUAAAGGAAACUUUGGCAGGUACGAAGAAGAAUCUGACCAGCGUGAUCAAAGGUCUUCUAUCAUGUUCGAUUUGGACACAGUUGUUGUGACGUGUUAUGGUGAUUCAAAAUCCGUAGAUAUUAAGUAUUGCCAUCUAGAAGCUCCCCAAUUUUUCUUGAAGAAAGUUGGACAGCGAUCAGUCUUAUGUUUAACUCUCCUUGAGGCAUUUCCAUGGAUACGAACCGAUGGUCCGAAAUGCGAUGAACUGCUUAGAUCAUUAAUAUCAGCACCAAAUUCCUCUCUUCAAGAGCCUGAUCACGUGUCACAGAAUCAUGAUGUUCGCAACUCUUCACAGUUAACUGAGAAAACAUCUGACCAGACUCUGACCCACUCUCUGUCAUAUUUGAGAGAGAUUAAAAUUUGGGUACCAACAAGUGAACUUGUCAGUUUACUGAAUAAUCUUCAACAUGUGCCUCGACUAUCCAAGCUCGAUUUACAUGGUGUUGGUAUGGAGAAUCAAGAGUGUCAGUUACUUGCCACUGCUUUAAAGUAUGUUAAUAAGUUACGCUUACUGGGGUUAUCAGGUAACCCACUCGGUCACGGGAUAAGUGUGCUUGCUAAACACCUGCACAGUGUACCUCAUCUACAAGUGCUGCUCCUGGAGAGUACACAGAUGGGUGAAGAGGAAGUUUCAGCUUUAGCCCAUAGUUUACAGAAUGUGACUCAGCUGAGUGAACUUCGCUUAUCAAACAACGCACUCGGUCACGGGAUAUUUGAGCUUGCUAAACACCUGUUCAGUGUGCCUCAUCUGAAAGAGCUGGACCUGAGUGCUACACAGAUGGGUGAGGAGGAAGUCACAGCUUUAGCCCGUAGUUUAAAGUAUGUGACUCAGCUGAGUAAGCUUGACUUAUUAAACAACCCACUCGGUCACAGGAUAAGUGAGCUUGCAAAACAGCUGCACAAUGUACCUCAUCUAGAAAAGCUGUGCCUGCAAAAUACACAGAUGGAUGAAGAGGAAGUUACAGCUUUAGCCCAUAGUUUAAAGAAUGUGACUCAGCUGAGUGAACUUCACUUAUCAAACAACCCACUCGGUCAUGGGAUAAGUGAGUUUACCAAACACCUGCACAAUGUACCUCAUCUGAAAAAGCUGCACCUGGAUGAUACACAGAUGGGUGUAGAGGAAGUCACAGCUUUAGCCCAUAGGCUCGUCAACGUACCAGAACUGGAGUUCCUUUCGCUUGGCAAUAAUCCGCUGGGCCGUGGAGUGACUGAACUAAUCAGGUGUCUCAGAAGUAGUCCUCAACUUUCUGAUCUCAGCCUUGAAAAAGUUCAACUGACGAAGAAAGAAGCCACUGAGCUGUGUACAUUAGCAAAUGAAAGGAACCUCUUGGGGGACCCCUGGAGGUCCUUCCCACACUUUACAUCCUUCGUGACAAAGAAAUGGAACAUGUACUUGAAGUCAGAUUAUCAUGUAAGUUUCUCUUUUGUGAUUCCCAUUAUUAAUGCUCGUAAUACCCAGGAACUUCCUGGUAGACGAAAAGGAACCGUUCUUCAAAGGAGCUGUGUCGCCAUUCUUAUCCAUACUAAAAAGACACAAUUUUGUAAAAGAAAACUUGUCGAAUAGUGGUCCAGCCGUGACACCUGUUUACAUAAUGUUCCUUCUAGAAGGACGAUUACACGUGUACGUUUCGUUAAAGUGAUGACUUUUUCAGUCACGCUGAGGUUGGUACGCAAUUAGAGACACACCAUUGUUUUUGCAAAACAGUCAUGGCUACCAUGUUCACGAACUAACUUUACGUUAUUUUUAAUCCGUUGGUGCUUGUCUUCUUUAUCAUAGACGACCCGUAUUGGUACAUGGCAGCCUACAUUUUGCGUACUUACAGAGGCAGAACUGCAAGAAAAGGGAGUCACAUUUGAUAAAAUGGUACCUUACUGGACAGGCAAUGACUACUACCCACUGUGUGGCAAUCAUUUAGGUAUCUCUGUAUUCAAAAAUCCCCUUGGAUAUGACUUAUAUCCCUCCAAUUUUAGUAUCCCCCAUUUUGGGUAUCCCCCUAAUUAAAGUAUCCUCGCAUUUCGGAUGCCCCCCAAUAUCCCCGUAUUUUCAUGUCACCCUAAACUAAGUGUCUCGCAUUUUGGUUGUUUUCUUGAUUUAAGUAUAUUUUGAACCCGUGCCCUCAAAUCCCUGGUGAUGUGGGUGAAAACACUGAUCCUACCUUGGUCGUUUUACAACCACUGAAACUGGCUCUACAACUUGACUUCUUUAUAAUGUUGUUGUUGUGUCAGUUAGAUGCGAUGUCCUUACAAAUAGUGGAAUUGAAUUGUAGUUUUUAUUUCACAAUGGUCGACCACCAGCUCAGUAAUAGAUCUUCAAGACAAGUUAAAAAGAAGUUAAAAAGAAAUGGCUAUUGCGAUUGCCGGUGAUCACAUAGAUAAAAACCACCAGCCGUCAAAACUUUCCUCUUAUACUGAUGCAACAUUUUACGUGUGCAUGCAGUGUCUUUUUGUGUGCAAAAUAAUCACACAAGGGACCCUGUAAACAAUCACACGAAGCCAUUUUAUUUGCCGGAAUUCCUGUCCAAGAUACAAAAUACUGUGAGUAGCUUGAGUGGCAGGCAUGAUCCGGAGGGGGCACGUCGCUUGUACGGAUCACGCUUGCUACCCAGGGUACGCUGCGAACGAUAGCACUUCGAAGCAACAACCCAAAUAACAAGGGAUGUUAGUUUCCCGGUAGGGUACUAGGGGAUACCCAGGGUACGCUGCGAAGGA